GCCUUUAGCUGCCAUAAGGACAAGAUAUGGAAACUUUUAUCGUUCUGUAAGAAAAGACAGAUAACCAAUCAAUUUCUCUUACGGAAAAUCGCUUGAUUGGUUACUGCGUCUGUGUCACACGAUUUCCACAUCCUGCCUGUAUAAGCUAUAGUUUGGGAACACGUGGUAAUCUUGUUCAAUUUGCCCUCAGUCAUCACAUUCUUCGGUUAUCUGAUUCAGGAAUUCAUUUCCGAAUUUAUUUCAUCAUGGAUAAAUCUAUAGAUUUGCUCGAGGAAGAAAAGAAAUUUCAAAAUAUAAAGACCAUGGACAUCAUAAGAAAUUAUCUCCAAUUAAAACAUAAACUCAAUGCGGCAGCAGAUUUUAUUUUAAAGGAACAGGAAGAUAUACAUAAAAUCGCAAAAAUGUAUAGUCUUGAAUAUUCAAUUCUUCAUAAAAAAAUCAGCAUCAUGGAAAGUUUGGAAAAGUUUAUAGAUGAUAAAAUUAAAUAUGAAAAAGCAGUAGAAACUGUUAUGAAAGGUGAAGCAGUUAUAUCGGAUUCUGGAAAAAAGCAUGGAGUUGACAUACCUACUCUAUGCAAUGAAAUAGGAUGGUUUUAUGAAACUAGAGAUGAAAAAUACGAAUAUGAUAGAUCAUUAGAUCCUACUCGAAUUUUCACAUUUAAGCAGGAAAUGUUAUUAUUAAAAUAUUUAGAAUUGUGGAUAAAACAGAAAAUACCAUUUUGUAGUUGUGCAUCUUGUGUGAUGGAAGAAUUGUUGAACAUAGCUUAUAAAUUUGCUAAACAGAAUAAAAUAAAAUAUCCAUCAAUGUGGAAUAUUCAGAAGAGAGCAUCUGCAACAUGGCUAAUAAAUUAUGAAAUGACAUACAGCCAUAUAAUUUCGCAGUUAUUUUCGCAUAAUGACUGUUUCAGAGCUCCAAUACCAAAAAUGAAUCCUUCUUGUUAUUGUUAUAUCUUAAAGCUGAGGAAGAAGGAUAAAGAGAUAUGCAAAACGAAGAAGAAGCUUCUAAGUUAUUACUAAUAGUAUUAGAGUAUAUAAUCAAUCAAAAGACUCACUUGUAAUUUUCUGCUCAAAAAUGUUCUGCAUGUAAAAAUUAAUAUUCAUCAUUUUCUGGAACUGACUGACAAGCCUAUGGAUUUAUGGAUGUGCUGACAAGAAGUGAUACUUGAAGAAGAGAGCAUCCAUUGAAUCUGUAAAUUUCAAAACACUGUUUAUGGACAAUUGACAUUUCGCUCAGAUACAAAAUCAA